AUGGGUCCCCUAAGUUCUGUGAGGAGUGCGCCUCGGGUUGACCUCGUGUCCCCAGAGUUUUGCGAGGAUGGCAAGAAGGGUACUUUGGUCAUGUGUUGGACACGCACGGGGUUCGACACGGAUUCCAAAGUAGACUUUGGGUCGAGUCCUAUCAAAUAUCCUGUUAACUGUACCACAAGGUGGUACUACACUAUUCUCCACAUAGAUAUACCUCAAACAUAA